ACUGCAGGGGAUCCAUUACUGAACAGUAACACAAAAUAUAUCCCACUAAGUUUCGUUCAUUUUUCUCUUUAUCUUUCCCUUUUUGUUCUUUCUUCUAAGCUUCUUUUCUGGUUAUCUGUGAUAUAAGCUUACGCCCACUUUCCCCUAAAUACCUUGCCUUUCAAGCACUCCCUUCUUUCUUCAUAUUCCAUCUCUCUCUUAUCUCCCUCUCUCUCGAUCUUCCUCCCCAUUCUCAAAGAGCAUGCCUGAAUGUCCCCAGCAAGGGAGAGGCUUGAUGAAGUAGGGAAGAAGAUCAAGAGGGAACCCGAUGUUCCCGAUCGCAAGGCACGCGGUCACCUGCCAGGUCCGGUGGGAACCUCAAACGCCAUCACUCCAUGCGCCGCUUGCAAGCUCUUGAGACGGCGAUGUGCCCACGAAUGCCCUUUCUCUCCUUAUUUUCCCCCUCACGACCCCCAAAAGUUUGCUUCAGUUCACAAAGUCUUUGGUGCAAGCAACGUGUCAAAGAUGCUAAUGGAGGUUCCGGAGAGCCGGAGGGCCGACGCGGCCAACAGUCUUGUUUAUGAAGCGAAUGUGAGGCUGAGGGACCCCGUCUAUGGGUGCAUGGGGGCAAUCUCGGAGUUACAGCAACAGGUCCAGGCCUUGGAGGCGGAGCUCGCAGCGGUCAGAGCUGAGAUAUUGAAUUACAAGUACAGGUCUGCGAGUGCUACCGUCCUUCCUACAUCUCAUGCUGCUGCUCUUCUAGCCUCCUCUGGGGAGGUCUCGGUCGCCGCACCGCCACCCAUCACAACUCCUACGGCCCCUCCUGCAGCACCAGCCGCCGCAUCUUCCUCUUCUAUGUACACCGCUGCGUCGAGCUCCACGGACUACAGUUCCAUCGCCAGUGAAAAUGUUCCAUACUUCAGCUAAAGAUUUCGAUUUUAUUUAGUCAUGAACCAUCUGAAAUAAAGGAAGAACUUGUUGGAGGAGUACCUUAAUUUUUCUCCUGGAUUUCAGACUUAGUUGAUCGUUAGAAGCUCAUACUUACUUAGAACGUGUUGUUGAAUUAUGCCUUUGAUUGUCUCUGAUGCCUUAGCUUUCUUCCAAUAUUUCUUUUCUUUUUAUUUUUUCCCCUACAACGAGUUCUUCCAAUAUUUCAUGGUUCAUGAUCAAAAUUUUAGAGUUCAUUUGUCUUACUAUGCAUCCGAGCUUUCCUUCUUCUCUUAUUGGAAAACUAAUAGUUAAGUUGUUCCG